UUUUUUUAAACUUCUCAUUCAUCUUUUUACUCAUUUCUCCAUUCCAUCCUUCUCACUUGCCCACCCCUCAAACCACAUUUUUAUCAUGUCUUCCUUCCUUUCAGCAGCUGCCUCGCAGGUUGCAGGCCAAGUAAAAAUUCAUGGCAAAACAUCUGCUAGAUCCAUCGCUGUACAAUGCCAUCGCUACUCCACAGGAUCCGGCAGCUCCUCAAACCAGAAUCUUAACAAAUACAGUUCCAAGAUCACACAGCCAAAGUCUCAGGGUGCCUCGCAAGCCAUGUUGUACGCCACGGGAUUGAAGGAAGAUGAUAUGAGUAAACCUCAAGUUGGAAUCUCUAGCGUUUGGUAUGAGGGUAAUCCAUGCAACAUGCAUUUGAAUGAUCUUGCAGCAAAAGUCAAGGAAGGUGUUCAGAAAGCAGGCCUGGUCGGCUAUCGCUUCAACACGAUCGGUGUCAGUGAUGGUAUCUCAAUGGGUACCGCCGGUAUGAGCUACUCACUUCAAAGCAGAGAUAUCAUUGCGGACUCUAUUGAGACGGUUAUGAGCGGGCAAUGGUACGAUGCCAAUAUCUCCCUGCCUGGAUGCGACAAGAAUAUGCCUGGCUGUUUGAUUGCCAUGGGACGUAUCAACCGCCCUUCGAUCAUGGUCUAUGGAGGUACGAUCAAACCCGGUAAAUCCUCUUGCAGCCAGGGCACUCUUGACAUCGUCUCGGCCUUCCAGUCUUAUGGCUCUUAUCUUGCCGGAACCAUCAAUGAGACUCAACGUCAGGACAUUGUCCGCAACUCCUGUCCCGGAGCAGGCGCCUGCGGUGGCAUGUACACCGCCAACACCAUGGCAUCGGCGAUUGAAGCCAUGGGAAUGACCCUUCCCUACAGCUCAUCCACUCCUGCAGAGUACCCCGAGAAGCUCCAGGAAUGCUUGGAUGCCGGAAAGGCCAUCCGCAACUUGCUUGAACUUGACAUCAAGCCCCGUGAUAUCAUGACUCGCAAGGCUUUCGAGAAUGCAAUGGUCCUUACCAUGAUUUUGGGCGGUUCCACAAAUGCUGUUCUCCACUUGAUCGCAAUUGCACGAGCUGUCAAUGUAAAUUUGACCAUCGAUGAUUUCCAAGAGGUCAGCUCUCGCAUCCCUCUUUUGGCUGAUCUCAAGCCUUCCGGCAAGUAUGUCAUGGAGGAUGUUCAUAAAAUCGGAGGUACUCCCGCUGUCCUCAAGUACCUUUUGGAGAAUAAUCUGAUCCACGGAGAAUGUUUGACAGUCACUGGAAAGACCAUUGCAGAGAACUUGAGGGACGUUCCUGGCCUCAAGGAAGGUCAGGAUGUCAUCCUCCCCUUGGAGAAGCCUAUCAAGCCAACUGGACAUCUCUGCAUCCUCAAGGGUAACCUUGCCCCUCUCGGCUCUGUGGCCAAGAUCACUGGUAAGGAGGGUCUUUUCUUCGAGGGUCCAGCCAAUGUGUACGACCACGAGACCGACAUGUUGCGUGGUUUGGAGAACGGUGAGAUCAAGAAGGGUCAGGUUAUUAUUAUUCGCUACUCUGGACCAAAGGGUGGUCCGGGUAUGCCCGAGAUGUUGACACCCACUUCUGCCAUCAUGGGAGCUGGUCUUGGAAACGACGUUGCCUUGUUGACCGAUGGUCGCUUCUCGGGUGGAAGUCACGGAUUCAUCAUCGGACACAUCACACCCGAGGCUCAAGAGGGAGGACCUAUUGGUUUGAUCAAGAAUGGUGAUAUUAUUGCCAUCGAUGCUGAGAACAAGACCAUCGAUGUCAAGGUCACAGACGAGGAAAUGAAGGCCCGUCACGCCACUUGGGUGGCUCCUCCUUUCAAGGCCACUCGCGGAACUCUUUACAAGUAUAUCAAGAAUGUCAAGAAUGCUAGCGAAGGAUGUGUUACCGACGAGUAA